AUUCAUAUUUUGGAACUAGAAAGUAAGACUUCAGGGGCUGAAUAUGUGUAGCACUUAAAAUAUGGGACUGGAAACUUUACCAGGACAUGGACAGAAACGGUAAGAAAGGAGCCGUUGUAUGAAAGAGCUUAGCAGUAGAAUAGAAUGAGAGAACAGAGAAAACAAAUGGUAGUUGGCGCCAAAAGAGAGAAAAAUAAAACGAAAAAAUGGAAAAAAAACAGCGGAAGCUUAACUUGACGGCAAUGGCGACUCUGCAACCAACUGAAAAAACUCAUCCAACAUUAGGUGAGGAGCUAGAAUUCCGCACAUCUCUUUCACGCCUUAAAGAAACCUUCUGAUAAUAUCCACCCCCUCACAAUCUUCAUCUCCAUUCCACGCACUUCCCUGGCUCCCCCUCGAAGUCGCCAUGGAAGCCAAUGCUGGACUGGUGGCCGGCUCCCACAACCGAAAUGAGCUCGUCGUCAUACAUGGACACGAAGAGAUUAAGCCACUGAAGAACUUGGAUGGACAAUUUUGUGAGAUAUGCGGUGACCAAAUUGGGGUUACUGUCGAAGGAGACUUGUUCGUCGCUUGCGACGAAUGUGGGUUCCCUGUGUGCAGGCCUUGCUAUGAGUAUGAACGAAGGGAAGGCACUCAGAACUGUCCUCAGUGCAAGACUCGCUACAAGCGCCUCAGAGGGAGCGCCAGGGUCCCGGGAGAUGAGGAUGAAGAGGAUGUGGACGAUAUCGAACACGAGUUCAACAUCGAAGAUGAGCAAGAGAGGACCAAGCAUCUUACUGAGGCAAUGCUUCAUGGCAAGAUGACGUAUGGAAGAGGCCACGAUGACGAGGAAAACAGCCAGUUCCCUCCUGUCAUAACUGGCAUUAGAUCAAGACCGGUGAGCGGGGAGUUCCCAGUUGGAGCAUAUGGAGAUCAACCUUCUUCACUCCAUAAGAGAAUCCACCCAUAUCCUGUUUCAGAAGCUGGGAGUGCAAGGUGGGAUGAGAAGAAAGAAGCCGGAUGGAAAGACAGAAUGGACGACUGGAAGCUGCAGCAGGGGAACUUGGGACCUGAACAGGAAGAUGAUAUAGAUGCAUCCAUGGUCGAUGAAGCAAGGCAGCCACUUUCAAGGAAAGUACCGAUUGCUUCGAGCAAGAUCAACCCUUACAGAAUGAUUAUUGUGGCUCGUCUGGUGAUCUUAGCAUUCUUCCUUCGUUAUCGAAUUCUGAACCCUGUCCAUGAUGCUAUUGGUCUCUGGCUGACUUCCAUCGUUUGUGAGAUCUGGUUUGCCUUCUCAUGGAUUCUCGAUCAGUUCCCUAAGUGGUUCCCUAUCGAUCGAGAGACCUAUCUUGACCGCCUGUCUCUCAGGUAUGAGAGGGAAGGUGAACCAAACAUGCUCGCUCCAGUGGACGUAUUCGUCUGUACAGUCGAUCCAAUGAAGGAACCUCCACUUGUCACGGCCAACACGUUACUCUCAAUCCUGGCUGUGGACUACCCUGUGGAAAAGCUCUCGUGCUACCUCUCCGACGAUGGUGCUUCGAUGUGCACAUUUGAAGCCAUGUCCGAGACAGCUGAAUUCGCUCGCAAGUGGGUCCCAUUCUGCAAGAGACACAGCAUAGAGCCCAGAGCACCUGAGUUUUACUUCUCCCUGAAGGUUGAUUACCUGAAGGACAAAGUCCAUCCCAACUUUGUGAAGGAACGUCGAGCUAUGAAGAGGGAAUACGAAGAGUUCAAGGUGAGGGUCAAUGCAAUAGUAUCAAAAGCGCAGAAGGUACCUGCCGAAGGCUGGAUCAUGCAGGAUGGAACUCCAUGGCCUGGAAACAACACAAAGGAUCACCCCGGCAUGAUCCAAGUGUUUCUUGGUCAUAGUGGAGGCUAUGAUGUAGAAGGAAAUGAACUACCUCGCCUGGUUUAUGUAUCUCGUGAGAAGAGGCCUGGAUUUUCACAUCACAAGAAAGCUGGUGCCAUGAAUGCCAUGGUUCGAGUCUCUGCCGUGCUGACCAAUGCUCCUUUCAUGCUGAAUCUUGAUUGUGACCAUUACAUAAACAACAGCAAGGCCGUGAGAGAAGCUAUGUGUUUCUUGAUGGACAUCCAGACUGGAAAGAAAAUUUGUUAUGUUCAGUUUCCUCAGAGAUUCGAUGGCAUUGACAGAAAUGAUCGUUAUGCCAACAGAAACACUGUGUUUUUCGAUAUAAACAUGAAAGGACUGGAUGGGAUUCAGGGACCGGUUUAUGUCGGUACAGGAUGCGUGUUCAGGAGGCAAGCUCUGUAUGGCUAUGAUCCUCCAAAGGGUCCCAAGAGGCCAAAGAUGGUUAGCUGUGACUGCUGCCCAUGCUUUGGACGUCGCAAGAAGAAGCUGGCAAAGCCUGGUGCAAAUGGAGAAGUAGCCAGCUUAGAAGGAGUGGAUGAUGAUAAACAGCUGCUGAUGUCCCAUAUGAACUUUGAGAAGAAAUUUGGACAAUCAGCCAUUUUUGUAACUUCAACUUUAAUGGAAGAAGGAGGUGUCCCUCCUUCCUCCAGCCCUGCAUCCUUGCUCAAAGAAGCCAUCCAUGUUAUCAGUUGUGGCUAUGAAGACAAAACAGAAUGGGGCACAGAGCUUGGCUGGAUUUAUGGUUCAAUUACAGAAGAUAUUCUUACUGGAUUCAAGAUGCAUUGCCGUGGCUGGAGGUCCAUCUAUUGUAUGCCGAAGAGGCCAGCAUUCAAGGGUUCAGCACCCAUUAAUUUGUCCGAUCGGUUGAACCAAGUGCUUCGAUGGGCUCUUGGUUCAGUUGAAAUCUUCUUUAGUCGGCAUAGUCCUCUCUUGUAUGGAUACAAGGAUGGAAACCUCAAGUGGCUUGAGAGAUUUGCAUAUGUCAACACAACUGUUUACCCCUUCACCUCGCUACCACUUCUGGCCUACUGUACUCUUCCAGCCAUCUGCCUGCUCACAGACAAAUUCAUCAUGCCAGAGAUUAGCACCUUUGCAAGUCUCUUCUUCAUAGCUCUCUUCCUCUCAAUCUUUACCACGGGUAUUCUCGAGCUUCGGUGGAGUGGAGUGAGCAUUGAAGAAUGGUGGAGAAACGAGCAAUUCUGGGUCAUUGGUGGUGUGUCAGCUCACCUCUUUGCAGUUGUGCAAGGUCUCCUCAAAGUUCUGGCCGGUAUUGAUACGAAUUUCACUGUCACCUCCAAAGCCACUGACGACGACGACUUUGGAGAACUUUACGCCUUCAAAUGGACGACCCUCCUCAUACCUCCAACCACCAUCUUAAUCAUUAACCUUGUAGGAGUUGUUGCUGGAGUCUCGGAUGCCAUAAACAACGGAUACCAAUCAUGGGGGCCUCUGUUUGGGAAGCUGUUCUUUGCCUUCUGGGUUAUCGUUCAUCUCUAUCCUUUCCUGAAAGGUCUUAUGGGAAGACAGAACAGGACUCCGACCAUUGUAGUCAUCUGGUCUGUGCUCUUAGCUUCAAUUUUCUCAUUGUUGUGGGUUAGGAUUGAUCCGUUCGUCAUGAAAACCAAGGGUCCUGACACCAAGAAAUGCGGGAUCAACUGCUGAAAAACUUCUCUUUCUGUAACCUUUUGAUACUGGUGCCAGAUUUAUUCACACAAGCACUUCACUUUGUCUUACAGGAAUAAAGUCACAGUGAGAAAUUUUUGUGCCGCAAUAGAACAUGUACCCAGUUUUGUCUUGAAGUCGGAGUGAUAGUGAAGUGGCUGUCAUGAUGAUAUCUCCACACCUUGAGCCAACUGCUUAAAAUCAGUUCUUCUCUUCUUCCAAAAGCAAUAAGCAUAACAAAUCAUGUGCACAGUUCCAGUGCCUCAGGGAUAAGUAAUGAACAGAAAUGUGAUAGCAGUCGUGUUAUGCAAAGCUUUCUCUAGCAUGAACAUAUCUGUUGCAUGUUCAAUUGGGUAAUAGAUAUAGAAGUUAAAA